UGGAUCCUCAAACGCAUGGUUUGCUUUAAUUCUCCGCGGAGAAAGAAAGAGAUCAAAGCAAUGAAACCUCCGAUGUAUCCUCAAUCUUCCUUGGUAACAAAUUAAAAUUCACAUCGGGUUGUUCUCCUGUCAACUUUGCGAAGUCAAGCUCGUAGACUCUCCUUUAGCCUGUAGGCCGAUCUCCAUAUGGAUGCGCGAGUGAAGGAAUGACGGGACUCCUCCUCUUUCCCAGAGACUUUCUUCCUCUAUCAAAAUCAAGGGGAUAAAGAAGACAUGGGCUACCGCUAAACUUUUCCUCAACUUCAACCGUUUGGUACGCUCCGGCACCUCCAAUGCGAGAAGUGCGCUAUUUCCCUAAUCCAAAUUGUCAAAACUCACGUCAUAGUAAUAAGAAGAGUUGCCUGGUACCUUUUUUUUCUUCAGUCAAGUUCAGUCAAAUCCGAAGCAGCGAAACUUUUUCUUUCCAAGAAAGUGAGACUUUUAAAGCAACGGAGAGGGAGUAAUACCGAUAAAACAAAAAAAAGUUUACAUACAAGAGUAUGGUCUUGAAUAAAAGAAGAGCAUGAACAUGAACCCUACUUUUUGAACCCUUUCUCAUUUGUAUCUUCUCGGGAAAAAAUCUCUCUUUCUUGCUCUCUCUUCUUUGGUACUCUCACUCGCCCACCCAAAUUAUCAUUAUUUCAUCACAUUCACUCAACAUUUCCCUCAACCCCAUUCUCUCUAAAGUCGACAUUUGAUCAAUCCAUCACAACUGUAUUAAGGCAGGUUAAGAGGCUGCGUGCUUUCACUCACGACUUCAUGUGCUUCUGUCUUAGGGAAGGCUAACACAACACCGCGGGAGCGUCACUUGAGAGCAAAUCUCCACUUCGCACCGCAAUUGUAAGUGCAUGAGUUCUGUUUUAUAAAUUGAAUAAUAUUUAUUGCUUUGGUGUGGAUCCUCAAAUUCUCAAUCAUUAUACAUGAUGUUUCGUUCUUUAUUUGAUACCGCAAAAAAUUAUGGUUUCCUUCAUAGUUGUAAGCAAGGAUUUAUUUACCAGCAGAAGUUUAGUCUAGUGAACAUAAAGUUGAAAUGGGUGAAAGAUAGAACAAUGGAUUCUGUUGUCACAUGUCAGAGGGAUCUUAAGGCCGCUGGGAUCCUUGUUUCAAUCAUUUAUUCUUCUCCGGAAUGUUGUCUUCCAAUAUAUCGUCUUUCUCGUCAUCGUGGACAACUUGGACUUCCAAAUGACCUUAAACUCGCCACUUUUAUCAGAAGAUAUCCCAAUGUUUUUGUUGAGUCGUCUUUUCUUGAUAGCGGCGGCUCGCCUGUUCCGUGUUUCGGAUUGAGUCGUGAAGCGUUGAAGCUCCAUUGCAAAGAAGUUGAUAUACUUAGAGAAAAUAUGUUUGAGCUUAGGGAUAGGUUGUGCAAAUUGCUUAUGCUCACAAGAGAUUGGAUGCUUCCACUACAGACCAUUGACCAGUUGAAAUGGGAUUUGGGUUUACCGUAUGAUUACCAGGAUUCUUUUAUUCUGAAUCAUCAUCCUGAAAUAUUCUCUUUUGUUCGCCUCCCCGACGGUCGGGUUGGCUUGAAGUUAUUAUUUUGGGAUGAUAAGCUUGCUGUAUCAGAGUUAGAGAAGAAUGCUUCUCUGCAACAAGAAGAACAAGACAUAAAAAGUGGAACCUUUACAUUUCCGAUCAGUUUUACCAGGGGUUUUGGUUUGAAAAGGAAAAGCAUGGAGUGGUUGAAAGAGUGGCAGAAACUCCCUUAUACUUCGCCCUACACCAAUGCCUCUCAUUUGGAUACUCGUACGGAUGUAUCUGAGAAGAGGGUAGUUGGUGUUUUUCAUGAGCUCCUUCAUCUUACACUUCAUAAGCAAACGGAGCGUAAGAAUGUUAGCAACUUACGCAGACCCUUGGCCUUACCGCAAAAGUUCACUAAAGCAUUUGAACGACAUCCUGGUAUUUUUUACAUUUCCAAGAAGAAUGACACCCAAACAGUUGUUCUGAGGGAAGCCUACAAUGGUGGGGAACUUGUGCAGAAUCACCCCCUUGUUAAAAUUAGAGAGGAAUUUGCGAAUCUACUGAAGAAAGGACUACUUGAUAGGAGUAAGGGUGUAUACAAGAAAAGUAUAGAUGCCAUUUCAUAGUGCUAUAAAAAUGGACCAUGGGAAGUGAAGCCUAUGAAUGUUAUUUGAAGGAUGAUUGUUGUUGGCUCCUCAAACUGAUGGAGCAGAUCAGAGGUUGAUCCUCCUCAAACUGGAGAGUCAACAGAAGUUCUGGAACUCAUAAAUGAUCCUAUACAGAUUGUUGUUAAACCUAAUGGAACUGUUUCGAGCAGUGUUUGUGAGCUUUUAGAGUGCCUUGUGUGCUUGAAUGCCAUGUACCCUCCAAUCCACCAGUGGUCAAAUGGUCACACUUUAUGCUCCUAGCUGAUUGCAUUUGUUACACAAUGAUAGAAGUAGAGAUUAUGAGAAAAUGAUAGAAGUAGAGCAACUGUGUAUAGAUCAUACUUAUCUUGAAUGCAAUUGGAUAGUAAUAGGGUGUAGGCCACUGCGCCAAUAUAAGAUUUUCUAUAUUAGAAUGGAAGUUUGAUGGCUGA